AUGGUGGUGGUGGCGUGUCCAAACUCGUCGCUCGUAGACGUGCACAUCGAUCCGGACCGCAUCGCCUCCACGUCCAAGCACGACUACGCCUCGGCCUAUGCUCGCAUCCGCGCCGCAGCAAGGUCGGCGGGCUCGGGCGUGUCGAGCGUGCUGGUGCUCGCCUCGCCGGACGUGGAUGCGGUGUGUGCAACGCGCAUGCUCGCAUCCCUCUUUCUGCAGGACGACAUCCCGCACCGCAUCGUACCCGUAGACGGAUAUCGCUCGCUCACCACUACGCUCGCCGACGUCUUUCCGCCGCUCACCGACGACGAGGCCGACGCCGCGAAUGUUGCCUCGACUUCCACCGCCGCAGCAGCGACGACGACGGACGUGCGAUCGGUGGUGCUCAUCAAUCUCGGCGCGGUGCUGAGUCUGCCGACCAUGUUCAACAUCCCGCCGAGCUGUACGCUGCAUGUGAUCGACUCGCACCGGCCGUGGAAUCUGGACAACCUCUUCGCGACGAGCCAUGCCAAUGACCGCGUGUGGUGCUGGGACGACGGCGACAUUGCCACCAAGCUGUGCCGCCAGGGUGGCGAGCGCGACGCAUUCGAAAAGCUCGAGUUCGACAUCGACUCGGACGACGACGAUGACGAUGACAGUGGCGACGAGUCGGGCUCGGACGCGAGUGGCUCGGACAGCGAUGCGCCCGGCGAGGCAGGCAAGCGCAAGCGCUCCUCUCGCUCUCGUUCGCGCUCCGCCUCCGCCGACGCUGGCAGUGAUGCCGACUCGCCCAAUGCAGCGCGCAAGCGCCGACGCCAUCGUUCGCACCGUCCCGCCUCGGCGCGGCUCACCAAUGCCGAGCGCCACCGCUACCGCACCGUCCUCACGCGCUACUACAACCGCGGCGAGAGCUACGGCAUGUCGACCUCCUCCAUGCUUUAUCUCUUGUGCGAAUCGCUCGGCCGCGCAGACCGCGAGUCUCUCUGGCUCGCCAUCGUCGGCCUCACCUCGCUCUACCUCUCCAACUCUAUCGAUUUCGAGACGUACGAAGCCUACUCCUCCGCCUACGCCUCGGAAGUCAUCGCGAUCGAACCCUCCACCUCGCACGCUCGCUUGGAAGCAUGGUCCACCGACCUUCUCGCCAAGGACGAUUCUGCCUCGUCCACACCUCGAGGGGUGGAUCGGGCACUGCGCGCCGGGAUCGCACACAAUACCAAGAGCGAGGACGCCGACGACCGGACGAUCCGCAUCGUGGCCGCCGAGCUGCGCUUCACGCUCUACCGCCACUGGAGCCUGGAGACGGCCAUGUUCCACACCGCCUACGUCGCCGCCAAGCUCGGCUUCUGGCGCGAACGCGGUCAGGCCAAGCUGCGCGGCCUCCUCGCCAAGAUGGGCUUCUCCCUCACCGCCGUGCGCCAGAACUACACCCACAUGCCCCUCGACCUGCGCCGCAGCCUCGCCGUCAAACUCGAUGCGAUCGCACCCGAGUACGGCCUGACCGAGCUUAGCUAUCGUGGGUUUGAGCGGUCGUACGGGUUUCAGACCGCACCGUUGGGGGCGGCGGAUGUGGUGGAGGGCGUUUCGGCACUGCUUGUUGCCGCACACGGCGUGAAGAUCGAGGUCGAAACGCCCGGGAUGGUCUUCGCCUCCGCCAGCGCCGGCACACCUUUGUCCACCAGUUAUGCCGCCAAUCGGGGUGGGGGAGCUGCGACAUCGGAGCUCUUCGCCACCAAGCGCGCGUGGAACCUGGGCACGCACCUCACCGACGCCGUCACCGCCGCCACCGCUGCCACCUCCACCACAGCUCGCGAAGCCACGGGCGCCAAUUCGGGACUCGAUCUCGAACCCGUCAGCUCCGGUCGAGCCAGCGGAGACGAACUAGCGCUGCUCGAGCAGGCGGAACGCGAUGUAUGGGUUAACAACUUCCACGAAGCCUACCGCGCGCUCGACACUUGCCGAGCCACAUCCAUCCACCUCCUCCGCUCAUCCCUGCUGCUCUCCCAAGCCUUGCACCGACGUAUUGUUGCAAGGGGGAUGGGAUUGAUUACGAACCAGAGCAUUCGCACACUCAAGAACUUCCGCCUCGCCAUUCUCAAGGACGGCGCCGAUCUCGAGCUUUUCACCCACGUUGAGAUCCUCGCCCAGCUCGCUCGCUGGCUCUCGACUGCAUUGAGGGAUAUCAUUGUGGAGCAGCAGGCGAAUUUGCCAAAGAGGAAGGGGAACCCGUAUACGCCUCUGCCGUUUAUCAUCGCUGCGCUUUAUCCGGCCAAGGAUAUCUUUGUGGUGCUUGGGUCGACCGCCGCGCCCGUGCAUGGCAUGACGGAGGCGAACCAUUUUACCGCCGCGUUCCAGCAUGCGGCAAAGAUGAGUGGCGCGAGGGUCCGGCAUGACAGGUUCCAGACCGCGGCGAUCCAUGUACGCAAGUCCGAUCUGGCGCCUUUUAUCGAAAAGGUGCAUCUCAAACUCAAGUAG